AUGUCUGACCCUGGCUCCGGGCCACCGCCGCCCGCCUGGGAGCCCAUCCAGGAGGCGGUCGCCUCUCCUCCUGGGCCGCCGCCUGGCUGGCCCCCGCGGCCCCCUGGGCGCUACUGCGGGUGGUGCUCGGGCCAGCUGGGGCCCAACGAGUCGUUGGCCCUGGCCCUGAACGGCCAGCUCUGGGAGGUGUGCGAGCUGUGCUACCUCCUGGCGCUGGCGCGCCAGCACGCCUGGCGGGCCCGGCUGACGCCGGGCGAGCGCGCGGUGCUGCUGGAGCAGGCGCGCCACCUGACGGCCCUCCUGGCGGACGAAGGCGCGGCUGCUCCCCCUGGCGGCGGAGGGGCUGCGCUGCUGCCUGGUGCCCCCCCGCUGGAGAUCGCGGCUGGAGCGCUGCCAGGCCCGCCCGCCGCCGCGCCUGGAGGCGCGCCGCCCGGCGCCGCGGCUGGGGUCGGCGCGGCCCUGGUAGGGGCCUUGGCCGCGCUUCCCGCUCCAGGAGGGGGGCCGCUGCCCGGCGCGCCGCCGGCGCCUGGGCCCCUCGCGCUGCCAGGGGCGGCUGCUGCUGGCGCUGGGGGCGGCGUCGCGGCGGCCGCUGCAGUGCCGGCGCCAGUCGGCGGAGGCGCCGUGGCGCUGGAGCGUCUGGUGGACGGGCCCUGGAUGGGCUCGCCGGCCUUGCAGCACGGGGCCUUCACCGCGGGGACUCUGCUGCAGACGCCCACGCCCGACCCGACGGGCCAGGUGGACGGCGCGGCGCUCUUCGAGGUCUUGGAGGCGGGCGUGCCGGGCCCAGACGGGGCCUACCUCUCCGUGAACUUCCGGGGCGCCUCGCUCCCGGCCCGCGCCCUGGAGCUGGACCUGAGCUUCCCCGCCCCAGGCGCCGGGCAGCCAGGGGUCCUGCACCUCUGCGCGGGCGGCGCCACUGCCUGCAGGGCCCCGCGGCUGGUCGGGCGCGGCGAGCGGCACGCCGACUGGCUUCGCCUGAGGUCGGCUCGGAGCCUGGUCGAGCCCUGGGUUAGGCCGACUUUCUGGCCGCCAGGCGGCGGUGGGGCCGGGGGCGGCGCCGCCGCUGCGCCCGCGCGGGGCCGCCUCGCGGGGGCUGCGGCUGGGUUCGCGGCGGCUGCGGCUGCACUGGAGGCGGCUGGCUCGGCAGCUCGCCCGCUGGCGGUCCGCCGGCGCCGUCGCGAGCAGUCGCGAAGCGACAGCCAGGAGCGGGCUGGCGGUGACCAGCUGGAUUUUCGCGACGCCCCCUCUCGCGGCAACGCCAUGCAGGCGGUGGCCGAUGGGCGCCCAGGCAUGCUGCACGACGAAGCGAUUGCCUUGAUCGCGCGUGUCAUGGGCCUGCGGGAGGGGGCGGACGGGCAGAGGGUUCGCCAUCGCAUCAGGGGCCACCUCCAUGCCGUGGUGUUCGGCCACCACCCGAUUCACACGGUCGGGGAGCGGACGGUGCGCGAGCUCCAGACGCUGGCGGCAGCGAUGGACCUCCUCGAGGACGGGUCGCUGGCGUCGGUCGCGGACACGCUGAUGCAGCGGUUCAAGGCGCUGGAGAUGGCGCUGAACGACGGCAACUGGUACAUCGCCAACGAGCUGGAGGUGGUCGAGGGGAUCCGCCCGACGCUCGCCUCCCGCGACGAGCAGGAGUCGGCGCGGAGGUCGGCGAUGCUGCGGCGGCGGCUGGAGGAGGGCGGAGCCGCGGGCGCGGGGGCGACCCCGUUCGCCGCGGGCGGCCCUUCAUGGCGACGAGGCGUGGCGCUGCCCGCUCUGGAGGAGCUGCGGCGGCCGCGGGCCAGGACGGCCCGCGGGGACAGCAACCGCCCUGGCGCUGCGGCGGCGCCGGGCCGCGUGGCGCUGCUGGGCGCCCCCGAAGUCCGCGCCUUCCGCCGGGGCCAGCCAGCAGCGCAGGUCGGCGGAGAGGCCCCCCAGGGGCGCGGCGGCAGCCCGAAGGGCAAGGGCAAGCACCGCGGGCGCCGGGCGCCGAGAGGGCCGCCAACUGACUCGCUGGCAGCAGGCCAGGAGGCGGCGCGCGCGGAGGCAGCGUGGCCAGACGCUGGCGCCCCCCUGGCGGAGCUCUUCCGCAGGUGGCAGGAGAAGGCUGGGGCGGCUGCCGAGUCCUUCCGCCGGCCGCUAGAUGCGGGCCCGAUCCUCGAGGAGCUGAUGCGGGAGUUUCCAGGGUCGCUUGGGGUCUACGUGGACAGGUUUAUGCACAGCGGGCAUCGGCCAACUAGACGAGGGCGGCUGCAGCGUGACCUGCUGCCGCUACCCUGUCCUGAUCUCGAAGCAUCGGACUUCACCGUGGAGGAGAAGAUUGUCCCACGCGACCUGAGCUCGCUGCAGUCUCGCUUGAGGGUGAUCGUGAUGGCUAUGAACUGGGAGACUGGCUACCGUCACCUGAAGUGGGCAGACGUUUGCGGGCCGGAGCCGAACGCAGCCCAGCGCUCGGCCCUCCUCGGGAUUGCGCGGCGCAUCUACUCGAGCGUUGCGCCCGAGCCCGCCAUGGCCGAGACCCUCGACUGGUCCGAGAAGCUGAAGGACCGGGCCAUCGCGCACGACGGCUCGGAGAUCUCGACGCCGAGCAAGAUCACGCUGGAGCAGAUCGUGGGCGGCCUGCCGCCUGUGGGGGUAGCCGCCUCCAUCGAGGCCGCGGACCUCGCCACGGGCUUCGUGCGGGCGGCGCUGCUGGACCCCUCCCUGGUCCUCCUGCCGCCGGCUCAGAGGCGCCCUGCGCCGACCUCGACGCGCGUCUGGGCGACGGCGCAGGAGUGGGAGCAGGUGGUGAGUGCCCUGUUUGCACGCGGGAUGGUUGGCCCGAUCGACGAGGACGAGAUCGCGACCAGAGACGGGGUCCCCUUGAUCAACGGGGCCUUCGGCGUGGCGAAGGUGCACGACGCGCCAGUCCGCUGCGGCGAUGGCGAGGAGCGGCCCGUCCUUCGGCUCAUCGUCAACCUGAUCCCCGCGAACGCAUGCCAGCGCGCCAUCGCGGGGGACACCCCCGCCAUGCCGACGAUGGGGCAGUUGAACGGGCUGGCGCUGGCUCCAGGGGAGCAGCUGCUCUGGAGCGGGGCGGGCCGCAAGGCGUCCUUCUACGUCUUCAGGGCGCCCCCCGCCUGGUGGCCCUACACGGCGCUGGGACCGCCGGUGCCGCGGCGGCUGGUGGGCGGCAGCGGCGACGGGCUGACCCGCGUCGCGCUGAGGGUAAUCGGCAUGGGCUGGGUCAGCGCGGUCGGGGUCACGACGCACCUCCACCGCAACAUGCUGAGGCGGUCGGCCCUGGUCCCCCGCGGACUGCCGCCUGCGGCCGAGGUGGCGCGCACCCGCCGCCUGCUUGCGGAGGCCCAGGCCGACGGCAUCGCGAUGUUGUUCAUCUGCAUCGACAACCUCGAGAUCGCGGAGAUCGUAUCGAGUGAGGAGGCCGUCAAGCUGAAGGGGACCAUCCCCGAGCUACUGAGCCGGGCGUCGGCCUGCUACGAGGAGGCUAAGUCUCCGGGAUCGCCGGGGAAGGAUGUCCACCGCGCCCAGCAGGUGUCCACGCUGGGGGGCCUCGUGGAUGGCGCGGCUGGCGCGCGGCGGCCGCCGCUGGGCCACGCCACGGAGCUCACGGGCCUAACGUUGUGGUUCCUAGCGAAGAAGCGCCCGAGCAAGCGCCUGGCGCAGAUCCUGCUGGGGCGCUGGGUUCGCGUGCAGUGCUACCGGAGGCCGCUCGCCGCCGCCUGCGUGAAUGCUUGGAAGUGGCUGGCGUCGGGCUGCUCGGGCGGUCUCGUCACUGCGGGCGUCGCCGAGGACCCGCCGAUGGCGGCCGCGCUCGCGCCGCUCAGCGUGGCGGACAUGCGGCUGACCGUCGACCACCUCGCGACGGCGUCCGACGCCUCUGAGGCCGCGGGGGCAAUCGUCUACUCCCAGGGGCUGUCGGACAUGGGCCGUGCCCUUGGGGCUAGAGGCCCGCGGGCGCUUAACCCCGCCUGCGAGGAGGGCGUCGCUCUGAUCUCGGUCUUCUUUGGGAUCGACGGGGCGCGCCGGGCCUUCGAGGUUGACGCCGAGGCUGUGCGGGUGGCUCGACGAGCGUACCCCAGCGCCGUGCACCUGGGAGACGUCGCGGCCGCAGACCCUGCGAAUCUGGCACGCCUCCUGCGGGACCACGGCCGCAUCACGAAGGUGCUCGUGAUCGGGGGCUUCCCAUGCCAGGGCUUCACGCUGGCGGGUCACAUGUGGAGGCUCAUCGAGGGGCUGAGGCGCGAGCUGCCCGAGGCCACGGUGGACUUCCUCGGGGAGAACGUGGCGUCCAUGGCGGAGGACGAGGUCCUGGCCUUGAACAAGAUGUUCGGCCGGGUGCCGGUGUCCCUCAACGCCGCGGACCUGGGCUGGGUCCGCCGCCCGCGGCUGCACUGGCUGUCGUGGGACCUGCUGCCCUCCUUCGAGAUGACGGCCGAGAUGAAGGCGACGGCGGAUGGUGCCCGGCCGCGGCGCCCGCGGGCCUGCCGGGCGCGCCCGGUGACGGAGCUGCCGCCUGUCUCGGAGUGGCUGCCGCGCAGGGACACCUGGCCCGGGGCCGCCGAGGACGGCCGCCUGCCGACCUUCGUGCGCUGGACGCCUCGGAGCUCGCCUCGGCCGCGGCCCGCGGGGCUCUGCCCGUGCACGGGGAAGGAGGUGGCGCGCUGGACAGCAGCGGGCUACGCAGCCCCGCCCUACCAGUUCGCAGCCCUGCCCUACCAGUUCCGGGACUGCUUCUGCCUGCACUGGGCGGACUGGCGCAAGGAGCCGCCGCGGGCUGCGGAGCGCGAGGUGUUGAUGGGGUUCAGGCGGGGCCACGCCGUGCCCUGCAUGAGCAGCUCCGCCGCCAAGAGCGACCCCGAGCGCUUCGAGGCCCUGCGGCGGUCGCUCGUGGGCAACUCCUUCCAGUGCGAAGUCGUGGCCUGGAGCUGGUCGAUGGGCCGCAAGCUGUGGGCCGGCGACGUGGAGACGCUGCGGUGUGGGCGCGAGGCCGUGUGCGAGGAGAACCUGCACCUGCUGGAGGCGGCUGGCCGCGUGCCGGCGGCUGGCGAUGGGCAGCUGCCGCGGGCCGUCUACGUCUGCCGCGGGUCGCGCCGCUGGGGGCUCGCCCCCUCCAAGUGGGGGAACCCGUGCCCUGUGGUGCCGGGGCGGGCGGCCGGCGACGCCGUGGCGCUGUUCGCGGGCUGGUUGCGCUCCCAGCCCAAGCUCCUGGACCAGCUGGGAGAGCUGGAAGGGGCUCGGCUGCUCUGCCACUGCCCCUCGGGCCAGGCCUGCCACGCGGACGUGCUGCUGGCCGAGCUGGAGCAGCGUGGCAAGGGGUGCACGCGGCCCUUCCUGGAGCACCAGAGGGUGGCGGCCUCGCUGGUGAUGACGCGCCACCACUCGGGCGCGGACCUUCGAGUGGAUACCGAUGCAGAGACGCAUGGCAAGAUGUUCCCACGGCAAGAGAUCGAUGCUGGCAUUUGGAAGUGGAAGGUCGCACGCCAGCUCGUUUGGCAGGACCCAGCCAAGCACAUCAAUGUGUUAGAGUGCGAGGCGGCGUUGAUGGCCCUGCGUUGGCGGGCCCGCUCAGUCUCGCAGCAGAUGUGCGUCUUCCUCCACCUGCUCGACAGCAUGGUGAAUAUCGGUGCUCUUGCCAAGCGCCGAUCUUCGAGCCAGCAGCUCAACAAGGUAGUGCGCGCCUUUUCCAUCCUCGAGCUGGCGCUCGUCGCCGCCGCGAUGGCGGGCUGGGCGCUCGAGCACAAUGAGUUCGCCCUGGCUGCCUGCAUUCUUGGAGGCUUCCACCUGUGCCUGAGAACAGGCGAGAUCCUUGGAUUGAACCGUGCCCUGGUCCAGGCGCCCACCUCGGCCCUCGAGCGGGCGGCCGGCGGGCUCCCGCGGGUCCGCGCGGCCCCGCGCUUCCUCCGCGCCGGCGGCGCCGGUCUCCUGCAGCAGAGCCUCCGAUGCUGCUCGAGCAGCGAGGCCGCUCCCCCACUCUCGAUCGACGCCGCUGCCACCCUGGAAGCUUCGGCUGCCGAGCGGCUCGGGCACGGAAGCGUGCCGAGGUUGGAGCAGUCGCUCAAGGACGAAAUCAAGUUCGGCAACGAGGACCUCCAGAAGGCCAAGAAGGACCGCGCCUCGGAGAGCGAGGCCAAGGCCUCCGCGGAGGGCGACCUGAAGGUGACGGCGGAUGCGCUGAAAGAGGACAAGGUCACCAAGAGCACGCUGAAGGCAGACUGCACCACGCGCGCGCAGGACUUCGAGGCCGAGACCAAGAGCAGAGCCGAGGAAUUGAAGGCCCUCGCCGAGGCGAAGAAGGCCGUGAAGGAGUCGACCGAAGGCGCCAACAGCCUCGCGUAUGGGUUUGCGCAGACCUCCUUCCUGCAGCUGGUGCGGUCCGACCUCAAGACUGGGGCGGACCUGGCGAACUUCGAGGCUGUGCGCUACGUGCGGACGUUGGCGGAGAAGACCAGCGACCCCGCCUUGGCGCAGCUCGCCAUGCGCAUGGCUUCAGCGAUGCACUAUGGCUCGAUGGCCAGCGAGGACCCCUUCACCAAAGUGCGGCAGCUGAUCAUGGAUAUGAUCACGAAGCUGCAGAAGGAGGCCGGAGCUGAUGCCUCACAUAAGGCGUACUGCGACAAGGAGCUCGGAGAGACCCUCUCCAAGAAAGACCAGAAGGAGCAAGAAAUUGACAAGCUGACCUCGCAGAUCGAUUCUGACACCGCGAGGUCGCAGCAGCUGAAGGAGCAGGUGGCGACGCUGCAGGAGAGCGGGCCAGCGAGGAGCUGUCGGAAAUGGCCGCGGCGCAGGCGCAGGCCACGAGGAUCCGCCAGGAGGAGCACGCGCAGUACGAGGCGAACAGGCCAGAGAUG